CUUCCUGGACACGUCGUCGUAGCAGCCAGACAUCUCAGUUUACCUGAAGAGUAAAUUCGUAUUGAAUUAGCAAUGGAGACAUUAUACGGUGUACCUUUCGCAGUGUUGGAAUGUCCUAAUAUAAAACUCAAAAAGCCAUCAUGGCUGCACAUGCCGUCGGCUAUGACAGUCUAUGCGAUCGUUAUUGUAUCGUACUUUCUCAUCACUGGAGGCAUCAUCUACGAUGUCAUUGUGGAACCACCUAGUGUGGGUUCAAUGACCGAUGAACAUGGGCACCAGCGGCCUGUCGCCUUUUUGGCAUACAGAGUGAAUGGCCAGUACAUCAUGGAAGGGUUGGCCUCCAGUUUCCUCUUCACCAUGGGAGGCUUGGGCUUCAUAAUCCUGGAUCGCUCGAAUGCCCCAAACAUCCCUAAACUCAACCGCUUCCUUCUGUUGUUCAUCGGUUUUGUCAGUGUCCUGCUCAGCUUCUUCAUGGCCAGGGUGUUCAUGAGAAUGAAACUGCCUGGGUACCUCAUGGGUUGAAGAUUGACACAACACAUUACGAAGACAGAAUGGUGAAGGACUGCCAAAGAUUUCAGCUUCAAUUGAUUUAAGCUAGCCUAAAAUGUUAUGAUAAUAGAUAUUUAAAUUGCAAAUAAAGAACUGACAGUAACAUCUGUCCCUGGCAAUAAGCCUUUGACCAUGUUUGAGUGAUGUAUUAAAUGUCACAAUGUGCAUCUCAAUAGUCGAGGCUUCCUAUCCUCGUCUCCUUUCCUUCCACUAAAUGGUGCGAUGGAAUUCCCUUACAGGCUGUAUUGCUAACCUGUCUUCAGUUCAGUAAUGCAGAUGGCGAGAAUGUGGAGACAAAGCCGCAAUAGACCAUUGAGAUGCACCCAUUGGAAGGAGGGACACUUUCCUGAUUAUACAUCUGAAUGAGCAGUAAAUUUGUGGGUUGUUGGGGUUAUUGAUAAGUAAUGUUUUGUAGACCAUUCUAUCUUCCUAAAUGCCUUCCAACAUGUCACUUGUGUGUCUAUUCGGAACUUAAAUAAAUGUUAUUUCCAGAAAGCU